AAAUAAAAAGUAAUACAAAAACAGAAAUAGCAUUAUGUUGAUUUACAUUAAAUACAGUAUUUGGCAAAAAUAAAUAUACUAAUUACUGCUAUUAAUAGAUCUCACAUGUCUUCUUACCACAUUCCAUGUACAGGGAAUUAAGACUCUUGCUCCAUCAUGUAGCCUCUUAUCUAUCUAAUUAUUAUCUAUCUCUUAUUUUAUCUAACUCAGGUGUCUUUAUAGUAGUUCUUGUCAUCCUAUCAUCGGUCAAUAAAUCGAGUCAGAUAACACCCAAUGACCAGUGGCUAUUCUCAGGGACUGCUCUUGGUAUUAUCGUGGUUGGUUUAUCAUUUGUGUUCAUGUUUCAUGUUGGUACCAAGGAGCCCUCUAAUGGAGGUCAUGGUUCGGCAGCUGGUGAUCAGCUCACUAACAAUCGGUUGCCUUGGUAUCGCUGGUUCUUAAAUCCAAAGUUUUAUCUGGUUGCUCUCAUAUAUAUGUCUAGCAGACUGAUAGUUAAUCUAACCCAAGUCUAUAGUCCUUUGUACAUGAUUGACUCUUUAAAAAUGUACAGGUCCAGUGUUGCUAUCAUUCCAUUGGUAAUAUACUUCAGUGGACUAAUAGCAACUUUCUUUAUGAAGCGAUUGAAUGAGUUUGUUGGCAGAUAUGUAAGUGUGAAUGACUAUUAUCUUGGUUUCCCACUCUGACCUGAUUUUUGAGUAACUUUAAAAAUUCAUAAAAAAUCCAAAUUUGAUCGGAAUCAGCUCAAACUUU